CGAUCGCAUUCGCGACCAGGUCCAUAAUUAGUCGUCUUCCUGAUCUCAGUGCAAGUUCGCUACCGCGCGCGAAACGGUCGUCAAAUGAAGCUGCUGAAGCUAGAACCGGACUUUGGCAAUCUUCCAACGGAGCUGUUGGUGCAGAUCUUCAAGUACUUGUGCGUGAGCGAUCGCGGUGCCGCCAGCUACACCUGCUGGAAAUGGUACGAAGCGUCCAAGUACCUUGGGUUCGCCCGCCAGAUGUGUCUGCAUCUGGUUGGGGUGGAGUUUGACGACUGUAAGCCGCCGGUAGCGGACCUGCUGAUGAGUCCGCACGUUUAUCCGGUGCUCAAGCUGACCCGCGUACGCAUGCAGCAGUCCGUCAACAGCCAGUUUUGGCUGGACUUUGGGCCGGCUGUGUACGAGAUCACCUUUGAGAAGUGCAUGAUUUGGCGGGAGCGGAUUAUCGCUGUGUUUAAGCACUUGAAGAAUUUGCGGACGGCACGGUUUGUGGAGUGUGACUUGCUGAGGGAUGACCUGUUCAAGGAUUGGAAGUUUUUCGAGAACGGGCUGAUGGACCUUCGGUUUCAUAGUAUUGUUACGUUGAGCCUGGCUAAGAAUAACUUUACGGAGUUGCAGUUCGGAGCGAUCGUGGAGAUGAUGCCGAACUUGACUUCGCUGAACUUGUCCAACUGCUUCAGCUACGUUGAUUCGGUCAGCAAGACUCACAUGCUGAACUGCAUCCAGAAGUUUGUUGAGGAGAGACAGACCAAGCUGAAGAGUUUAAACUUGAGUGGAAUAUCUGUGGAUGAUCUUUUCCUAGCAGGACUCAACAAAUGCCAAGAUCUUCGUCUGCAAAGUUUGAGUCUGACCUACUUGGAAAAGAUGCCUCACCGUAAUCCAGCUAUCGUAACGCUUCUGCGCCAGCAAACCGACAUGGAAUACCUGGACCUCUCCCAAUCAAUUGGUAUUACGGACUUUUGCCUCGAUCAGAUCGUCCGCAACAUGGUCAAGAUAAGGGAACUCAACCUAUCCGGCUGUUGGGGCAUCUGUGACUACGGAGUUUCCCAAGUCUUCAAGCUACAACAUCUGGAGAAGCUGCACUUGUCCAAGUGUCGAAUCACGAAGCAAGCAAUCAUGGAAGGUUCCGGCAGCAAAUACCGAAAGAACCUUAAGGAGUUCUACCUCGAACAGAUUGCAACGUUGGACGAAGAGUGCAUCGUACGGGUGGGCGCCAACUUUGACAAUCUGACUGUGCUCAACAUUGGCGGUUCUUCGUCCUGUAUGACGGACUGGUCGGCGCAGUACAUCUUCCGGAAUUUAAGCGCCCUGCGGGAUAUGAAUAUCGAGCGAAGUACCAAGCUAUUAGUGAAGAUCUUCAAGUACCUCCCGCAGGCCGAUCGCACCUCGGCGGGUUUUACCUGUUGGCACUGGUACGAGGCGUCCACGUAUCUAGGAUUCGCCCAGGAACGGUGUCUACACUUGGUGGGCGUCGAGUUCGAUGACUUUAAGCCGCCAGUCUCGGAGCUGCUGCUGAGUUACCAUUGCUAUCCGGUGAUCAAGCUGACGCGGGUCAAACUAAACGUGUACAGCAAGUUUUGGGGAAUUUUUGGGGAGUUUAUACGGGAUAUAACGUUUGAAAAGUGUAUGAUCUGGAGGGAGCGGAUUAUUUCGGUGUUCAAGUUCAUGCCAAACUUGCAGGUGGCGCGGUUUGUCGAGUGUGACUUGCUGAGGGAUGACCUGUUCAAGAAUUGGAAGUUCUUCGAGAAUGGAGUUGUGAACGUGUACUUUGACAGCGUUCUGCAUUUGAGUUUGGCGCGAAAUAACUUCAGCGUGUUACAGUUCAGCACCAUGGUCGAGAUGAUGCCUAACUUGAGGGCGGUAGACUUCUCCAACUGCUUCCGUAACGUCGAUGUUACCAAGAAGACGCAGUUGUUGAACUGUAUUUUGACGUUCAUUCAGCAUCGGCAGAACGAUUUGAAGGAGCUGAACUUGAUCGGCGCUCCGGUAGACGAUAUCUUCCUACGAGGCAUGGUGAACGCUAGAGGAUUGUCCCUGGAAAGCUUUAGCUUGACCUACUUGGAGAAACUGCCUCAGCGAAAGCCAGCGAUCAUCGAUCUUCUCCGGGAACAAAACGAGAUUCGAACGCUUGAUCUUUCGCUAUCUGCGGGCAUCACCGACUACUGUUUAGAGCAGGUCGUACGGAACAUGCCCGGAUUAACUGUGCUAAAGAUUGCCGGAUGUAGUGGAGUCUCGGAUUACGGGAUCAUGCAGAUUUUCAAGCUUCGUCAGUUGAAUGUUCUGGAUCUAUCCAAGUGUCGCUUUACAAAGCGCGCGAUCACCGACGGUACCAACGACAAUAACAAACCCCCGUUGAACGAACUCGUUCUAGAACUGCUGAAUCCCCUCGAUGACGAGUGCAUCAUCAAGAUCGGAUCCAGCUUUAAAAAUCUAACUGUUUUGAGCAUGGCAGGGUCAGCGUCCUGCAUGACAGAUUGCGCCCUUCAACACAUCUUCCUUCAUCUCACAAGUCUCGAACAUAUUAACCUAGAGAGAAGUACUAAGCUCACGGACGCCGGCUUCACCGGCAUCGACCUGCCCCAGAAGACGUUCGCCAUCUGGGACAUCGCGGAGACGUUCUCGAUUGACCGGCUCCGGAAGCUGCGCAUCCUGAAGGUUUCGGGCUGCUACAAGAUCACCGAUUUUGCCCUGCGGUACUCGUUCCGCUUCAUGGAACUGAAGGAGCUCAGCCUAUCCCGGUGUCACCAGAUCACUAAGCAAGGCAUGGAAAAGCUCGUGACGAGCUGUCCGGCGCUGGAGUACCUGGACCUGAGCGAGUGUCCCCAGAUCAACGACUACUGCGUGGAGUUGAUAGCGCAGAACUUGAAACGGCUCAGCACGCUCAAGCUGGCAAACUGUCCGCUGGUGAGCGACGUGGCGUUAGGAUUUUUGGCGCAGUAUUGCAAGAAUUUGAAGUACCUGUACGUGCGAGGAUGUCACAAACUGCCCCCGGAUAUUAUGGAGCGUUUGGCGAAGAUCACCACACUCAGACAGGUGUACAAAUCUUGAGUUGGAAAAAAAGGUUUUGCUUUGUUCUGUAAAAUUAAAUGUGAUACAAAUAAAAACCUGAUAAUCUA